CCCCGAGGCGUGCGCGAGGCGCGGCUGGGCACCGCCAUUUUGGCCGGACGCCGUAGGAACACGUUGUGGACCUGAGAAGUGACAGCAAACGCCGAUUUGGCCUCUGCGCUCCCCUCCGCCAGGGGGUCGCUCUCUCCAGAAGAGCUGGAUAUUCCUACCUAGAAUUAUGGCAGAUAAAUUAACAAGAAUUGCUAUUGUCAACCAUGACAAAUGUAAACCUAAGAAAUGUCGGCAAGAGUGCAAAAAGAGUUGUCCUGUGGUUCGAAUGGGAAAACUAUGUAUUGAGGUUACACCCCAGUGCAAAAUAGCUUGGAUUUCUGAAACUCUUUGUAUUGGCUGUGGUAUUUGUAUUAAGAAAUGCCCCUUUGGCGCCUUAUCAAUUGUCAAUUUACCGAGCAACUUGGAAAAAGAAACAACACAUCGAUAUUGUGCCAAUGCCUUCAAACUUCACAGGUUACCUAUCCCUCGUCCAGGUGAAGUUUUGGGAUUAGUUGGAACUAAUGGGAUUGGAAAGUCAACUGCUUUAAAAAUUUUAGCAGGAAAGCAAAAGCCAAACCUUGGAAAGUACGAUGAUCCACCGGAUUGGCAAGAAAUUUUGACUUACUUCCGUGGGUCUGAAUUGCAAAAUUACUUUACCAAGAUUUUAGAAGAUGACCUCAAAGCUAUUAUCAAGCCUCAGUACGUAGACCAGAUUCCCAAGGCUGCAAAGGGGACCGUAGGGUCUAUUUUGGACCGAAAGGAUGAAACAAAGACACAAGCAAUUGUAUGUCAACAGCUUGAUCUAACCCAUCUAAAAGAACGAAAUGUGGAAGAUCUUUCAGGAGGAGAGUUGCAGAGAUUUGCUUGUGCUGUUGUUUGCAUACAGAAAGCUGACAUUUUCAUGUUUGAUGAACCUUCUAGUUACCUAGAUGUCAAGCAGCGUUUAAAGGCUGCUAUUACUAUCCGAUCCCUAAUAAAUCCAGAUAGAUAUAUCAUUGUGGUGGAGCAUGAUCUAAGUGUAUUAGAUUAUCUCUCUGACUUCAUCUGCUGUUUAUAUGGCGUACCAAGUGCAUACGGUGUUGUCACUAUGCCUUUUAGUGUAAGAGAAGGCAUAAACAUUUUUUUGGAUGGCUACGUUCCAACAGAAAAUUUGAGAUUCAGAGAUGCAUCACUUGUUUUUAAAGUGGCUGAGACAGCAAAUGAAGAAGAAGUUAAAAAAAUGUGUAUGUAUAAAUAUCCUGGAAUGAGAAAAAAGAUGGGAGAGUUUGAGCUAGCAAUUGUAGCUGGAGAGUUUACAGAUUCUGAAAUCAUGGUGAUGUUGGGGGAAAAUGGUACUGGUAAAACGACAUUUAUCAGAAUGCUUGCUGGAAGACUGAAACCUGAUGAAGGAGGAGAAGUACCAGUUUUAAAUGUCAGUUAUAAGCCACAGAAAAUCAGUCCCAAAUCAACUGGAAGUGUUCGACAAUUACUACAUGAAAAGAUACGAGAUGCUUAUACUCAUCCACAAUUUGUGACUGAUGUAAUGAAGCCUCUGCAAAUUGAAAACAUCAUCGAUCAAGAGGUACAGACAUUAUCUGGUGGUGAACUGCAGCGAGUAGCUUUAGCUCUUUGUUUGGGCAAACCUGCUGAUGUCUAUUUAAUUGAUGAACCAUCUGCAUAUUUGGAUUCUGAACAAAGAUUGAUGGCAGCUCGAGUUGUCAAACGUUUCAUACUCCAUGCUAAGAAGACAGCCUUUGUUGUGGAACAUGACUUCAUCAUGGCCACCUAUCUAGCAGAUCGAGUCAUUGUUUUUGAUGGUGUUCCAUCUAAGAACACAGUUGCAAACAGUCCUCAAACCCUUUUGGCUGGCAUGAAUAAAUUUUUAUCUCAGCUUGAAAUUACAUUCAGAAGAGAUCCAAACAACUAUAGACCAAGAAUAAACAAACUCAAUUCUAUUAAGGAUGUAGAACAAAAGAAGAGUGGAAACUACUUUUUCUUGGAUGAUUAGACUGAAUCUGACAAUAUCGAUAAACCAUUUAUUAAAAGAAACAUUGGGAUUUUUGUCAUAUAAAACUUUAAUCAGGUUUAAAGUCCCACAUACUCUAGAGCCUGAAGUAGAAUUUACUUAUUGUAACAUAAGCCAGUUGUAUUGUAAAUUGUAGUCUGAACCACAAAAAACAUGCCACUUUUCUGUUCUUGAUGAUAAGGCCCUUUUUGCCUCUAACAUUCUAAAAUGAACACAUUUCAAGCUAUAUUAAUUACCUCCAAACUUUAAUGAUGUAUGGGAAGAUUUUUCAGUGGAUGUACUAUAUUCAUGUACCAAAUGUUGACCAGUGUUGCCCCCUUUUAAAACUCUUGAAAAAGGUUUCUGUACUUACUUACAUGGUUUGCCACGUAUGUCAAUAUAAUGAACUGCCCUUAUUUUAAAGUUGGUCUAAGAUUCCACUGAUGAAAUUUGAUAAAUAAAUAUUAGGAUUAUA